ACUACUCCGGAAGUCGGCAGUCUGGUGUUGUUUUCUUCAGAGCCUGGGCCAGGCUAGAGUGGUUUGGUGCGGAAAGUCCUGUGGCUUCACAAACAACAUAAAAAGCUGCAGCUUUUGGAUACUGCCUAAACCCAGACACUGAAGCCCUCUUGAGAUGGCGUCCUCUUACCCCCUGAGACCCCAGAACAGAAGUCAACAGGAUCAAGCAGGGAUCUUGAGACAUCAGGAGUUGAAGACAAAAAGUGCUUCCUUUAAAAGAGGAUCUGAAAAUGUUGACCCAUGUGCUUCUGCUGAAACUGAAAAAGGAGUCGGUAAACUCAAAGGUGUCAGCAGGCUUCCCGUCCUCGCCAAAUCUCUGCAACCAGCCCUAAGUGAGCUCUCCCAAAAUCCCAGUCACAACAGCUGGGAACAGAGGCCUCUAACAAGUAAAGCUCAAAAAAAAAGAACCUGCACCAAACCUGUUCCUUUCAAUUUGUCCCAGUCACGUACACGCAAUCAGAGAAACACGGGUGAUCACGAGGGAAAAGCACCUCUGGUGCCUUCUACCCGAUUAACACCAGGGACAAAAGUGAUGAACUUGAAGCCAAGUGCCAAAACUGUAACUCCAAACCAUAAAGCUACGACAUCAGGUGUCCUCAGGGCUCAAACCAACAAAUCACAGCGACUGCAGUCAGGUGGUCAUGUAGGAUACAUGGCAUCAUAUAAAGACUCCACUGAUGUUCACCCACCAUCACAUGAAUCUGGAUGCUGUAGCCACACCGAUUUAAGUUCACGUUUAGGUAGCAUCACUCUUACGCAAUCUAAGCUUCCUGAAGACUCUGGUAUGAGUCAUUUAUGUAAAACUUCACUCAUUAAAGUAGAUAUUAAUUCUGAUAAUCAAGCACCAAAGGACAAGCACUGUUUUCCAUCAACAAUACAAAGGCAUGUAAGCACUGAAGAAUCAGCUGUGCACGGUGUCCUCCCACGGUGUGAGGGAUCAAGUGCUGUUGGAGCACAAUGCGUGAUGCCACGUUUAUCUACCUGCCCUCCUGGACCAGAAACCUCCAUUAAUAUGCCUCAAAGAGUUGUGAAGAAGAGUCACGGCUUUGAUGUCACCACAGACAAGGCUGGGCUGUUUUCCCCUGACCCUUCAGCGCUACGUAGUAUUCUACAGAGUGAUGGACCUGGAGGAAGACUGGGGGAGCAUGUUGGAGCAACACCCAGAGCAUCAACCUGUCCUACUGGCAGAGGAACCUCUAUUUAUUCUGCUCAAAGAGUGCCUGCCAAAAAAUCUCAAAAACAAGCUCCAGCAGAGGCUAAAAGCCCUACAGGAGGGGCCUUCUCUCCUGAUGCAUCAACCGGCCUUACAGGCAGAGCAACUUCUGUUUACUCAGCUCAAAGAGUGCCAAUUAGGAAGCUUAAAACAGACGAAUCAGCUGCUGUCAAAGCUCCUGCAGUCCAAAAACAUCCUUUAGGUAGUGCUGUGUCCUUCUCCCCUGACCCUGCGGCCCUGCGCAGUAUUCUACUGAAUGAAGGUGUGACGGCUGGUGGAGCAACACCCAGAGUUUCCACCUGUCCCAGCGGCAGAGGAACCUCCAUUUAUUCUGCCCAGAGAGUCCCAGUGAAGAAGAAUAAGCCUGAAGCCAUAGCAGCAGCAACAUCAUCUCAGUGUGCAAUCAGAACACCAGUGAUGAAGUGGACACCACAGCGGGUCGCAAAAACCAAACCACAGUCAAUGAGGAAGCUUUGUACUACCCAAAAGAUGUCCAGUUUAAGGGGUUCCCCGGGUUUGCGUGAAUCUCACCACCCCAGCACUGGACGUUUGGUGUGUCAGGAGGGGGAGGGUGUGAUUCAAAGGUUAUUUGAGGACCAAGAGCAGAUGGACGAUGACCAAAUAGGCCAAGAUGAUGUAACUUCAAAACAGUCACUGAACAGCCACCAAACUACUGAAGCACAGUCAACAGUUAAAGAAAAUUCGGAAUCAAAUCAUUGUCACAUCGAGAACGAAGGCAAGAAAACGGUCCAGCCUUUCAUACAAGCAGCACACAGAGGGUCAGUCAUUGUUUUCUCAUCAAGCCAAAGACUUGGAUCAGAGAGGUCUCAGGAUACUCUGAAGACUCCUGGGAUAAGUGUCCCUCUGCAGCUCUGUUUAGACCAGCUUACUUCCCAUAAUGCACUACCACUGCAGUCAGACCAAAGUAAUGGAUCACAGAUCAAUCCCAGUUUAGACCUGCCUAAACAAAGCCAAUCUAAAGCUGCUACUGUCAAGCAGUCUAGCACUGUAUCGGCUCUGUGGAGGCGUCAUACUCCUCUAGAGGAGAUGUUUCUGGAUGAGGAAUGUGCUAUGUACACCUCUCGUCUGCUGUCCUGCCCGCCGCAGCCCCGCUGUGGAAACCCGGUGGCCACCACACUUCUGUUUCAAGACUCUACUUGUUUUUUACCAAUUGGCCUGUCUUCUCCUAUACGUCUGAGUGCUGUUCCUUCAGGUUCCUCUAUCAGAGCAUGAAGGCAGAUGUCCCACAAGACUUUGCACAUGUCAGUCUGUGUAUAUAAGACUGUCUGAAACAGUAUUUCUAGUUGCACUUUUGAUAUGAAAUGUCAUCCAGUCAGCAAAGUAUUGGACAGACACUAUAUUUGGUGGGAUUCACUGUUGACAACAUGGCUGAAUGCAAAAUACUGAACACUUUCAUAAUUUUUAUACUGCAAUUGUUACUGACCUGAACAACUGUGCUUUCCACUUGCCUCUUGUAUAAACUGUAUAAUAAAUCUAUAUAUAAACACA